AUGACCAACAAGCUCUUAUCUUCUUCCUCACUGCUACGUUAUUCGCUAUCUCGUGCCCAGAGUACAGCAAACCCCCGUACAAUUCCUGUGCUAAGUACCAUGUUGCCACGCGGUACCUUUGAGGGUAAAGUAGCGUUAAUCACUGGCGGUGGAACGGGAUUGGGCAAGGGCAUUGCCACUAAAUUGUCGGAUCUUGGCGCGACCGUCGCCAUUAUGAGCCGUAAACGCGAAGUCGUGGAAAUGGCGUCUCUGGAAAUUCAGAAACUUACAGGAAAUAAGGUCAUUCCACUCACAGGCGACGUCCGUGACGCUGAGCAGGUGAAAAAGGCACUCGAUGAAUUGGACGAACAAGCGGGUGUUCCGACGGUCGUAAUUAACAAUGCAGCGGGCAAUUUUAUCUCACCUUUCGAGCGACUAAAUGCGAAAGGCUUUGGCACUAUUGUAGAUAUUGUUCUGAAAGGCACAGCCAAUGUGACACUCGAUGCCGGCAAACGGAUGAUUCAGCAUGAAAAAGGAGGGGUGUUUCUUAACAUUACCACGACCUAUGCUGAGACAGGGUCAGGAUACGUUGUCCCUUCUGCUGCAGCAAAAGCUGGUGUCAGUGCAAUGAUCAAGUCAUUGGCGGUAGAGUGGGGCAAGUACGGUAUCCGUUUCGUUGGUAUUGCUCCAGGCCCAAUCAAGACAAAGGGUGCGUUCGACCGUCUUGAUCCGUCAGGAGCUUUUGAAGAGGUUAUGCUCCAGAACAACCCACUUAAACGCUUUGGUGAAGUGGACGAGCUGGCCAAUUUGGCAUCGUACAUGACGAGCGACUACGCUAGCUGGCUCAAUGGCGAGAUCAUUCGCUUUGAUGGUGGUGAGACGGUUUCGAACGCUGGCGAGUUUAACAUGCUAAGCUCGAUUAGCAAAGACAAGUGGGAUGAACUUGAAGCAACUAUACGCGACUCGAAUGCCAAAAGCAAGAAGUAA